AUGGCCGGAAAAAAGAGCGAUAGCACAAGCCCAGCGGGCUCUGGGGACGAACUCCCAAAACUCUCCCCGAGUGAAUUUCGAACAUAUAAUCGCAUGGCAGAGCAAAUGGACGCAUUUCACAAUCAUUUCCGCCUCGCAUGGAAUCAACUGUUAGAUGCAUGUAAUGCGACCGGCAAGCGCGGUUUAUCUGCUCGUCAAAUGAUCAUGACAGGCCUGCAAUUCUGUUCUCAACUUGAUUUCCAUCAUUCCAUUGAGGAACAACAUAUCUUCCCAGUGUUAGCCAAGAAGAUGCCAGAAUUCAGAAAGGAGCUUGAGCUCUUGAGUCAACAUAAGCAAAUCCAUGCUGGGCUUGAGAAGCUGGAGGCUUAUCUUGAAAAAUGCCGAUCUGGCGAAGAAGAUAUGAGACGGGAGGAGGUAAAGCGUUUAAUGGAGGCAUUUGGCGAGGUCCUAUGGACACACUUGGAUCAAGAAGUCAAGACCUUAGGCGCUGAUAAUAUGCGCAAGUACUGGUCAGAGAAAGAGAUGCGUGCCCUUCCUAUGUGA